UUUUCAAAACCUUCAUCGGGUCUCGUCUCAUUCCGUUGGAUUGUGAGAUCCUAACUAGUCUUGAUUUUAGUUUGGACACUAACAACAAAGUCAUGCGAGUAUAUUCACAUUAAACGCAUUAGAACUAUUAACCUACCGACGCUUGUUGUGGCGCCAUAUCACACAAGACGAAACGCUGCCUGAAAGAACAUACUCCGGGAAUAAAUCCCCCGGAAGCCCCAAUGCGCGGCUUCGCCGAUAAAUCAUUACGGUUGACUCCCUCCAGCUUCCGUUGUUGGUGUAAAUAUGGCGGCAAUGGAAGCCGUAUUCAGCUACAACGCAGAAGUGGAAGCUUCUGUCAACCGAUGGAUAGUUGACUACUAUUCAUUUCUGGCGUUGGAAUUGUUUAAAAACCAAAAAUACGCAGAAUUCUGUGACGUUAGAGAUUUACUUCACAGUGUCUUGGUCCGUCCUCUGGAGUCCACUGAUGUCUUGCAAACAAAGAUUAGAGUAUUGCAGUUUCUCUCCCGGAUAAAUGACGGUGAACAUUUUGACCUAUCCUUUGAGCCUGAUGAGUCACUUACUCCUUUGGAAUCAGCCUUAAUGGUCCUGGAAAAUAUAAUGCAGGAAUGCAGUAUGUCAAUGCCACAGCAGGAUUUCGAGAAAGUAUGCACUUCAUUAAAAGAGACGAUUGUGGCGUUGUUCAUUAAGAACAAUCUAUUUGACAAAGCAAAAGAGGUGCUGAAAAAACACUUUCCCAAAUCAAUGGUUGGCAAGAAAGCUAUAUUCUUGGGUCUCAUCAAGAAGAAGAGUAAUGUGCACAAAGUCAUCGAGCAAAUCGACUUUCAACAGUUCAAGGAAGAGAUGUUGGCCUUUUGCCAGAGUCUCUGCCCGUUCACUGUUCCCUUUCUCCACACGGCUGCAACAUCGCUUAUUGAUAAAAGACUUGCGGCGCAAGACGUCAAUGCCUCUGGACCUGAUGAGCAAGACGAAUCUGUCCCCCUCCCUCGUCAACAAAUACACACCAUCCAGUUCGUACCAUGUAAACAUACAAUAAUCCAGAGGUCCCGGCUGGAGAUGGCCCACAAGGCUUUGGCUGCAGGUGCAGGUGCAGGUGAAAGAACAUUUGCUCAGCUGGAGGAAGAAGUGGAGGAAGAGGAGCAGGCAAGAAAAGAAAACCUUUCACGGCGCCUCUCACCUGCUCCCAGGAAGGGCAGCAUGGACUCGGAGCAGGAUGGGCUAUUUCAGAGAGACUCAGGAAGCCCCAUGGAGGCUUCCCCAGCAGACCAAACACCACAAACGGAUGCUGUUCCUCAAACAGAGUCAGGUUGGCUCUCAAAGACACCCUCAGGGCUGCGUAACCGGCACCUGAACACUGUGGCACGACUGGUGGUCGAGCCGGACAGCCAGGGGAGCUCGCAGUGCACAGCAGCUUCACAGGAAAAGGAGGCUGAUGUCGGAACAGAAGAGCCCCCACAGUCACCGGCUAUACUCGAUAAAGACUCGCAGAGCCUGGGAGCCGAUAACGAGAUUUCCAUACCCGUGCGGAAGAUCCCCAGACGAGCCAUCAAAAUUUGCAGCAGAGCCUCAACAAGUUUGGCAGAGUCGUCGACAGACAGUGAGGAGGACCACCACGGCUCUGUGGCCGGCAGGGACAUUCCUGUGGGAAAACACCAGAACAGGUUACUCUGCAGUAACUCCACUAAGUCAGCACAGCCUGCAUCAGACAGUGAGGAAGAGCCACAGGAGUCCCUGGCUCUCUGCAAAACCCCAGUGCGGAAACAUCGAAAACAACUGGCCAGCAAGGUUCCAGAAGCCGUCUGUAUCACAGAUUCCUCAUUGGACAGCUCACCUGAACGGCCUGUCCCUCAAACAAGCUCCACCCCCAACAAGGACGCUGCUCAAGACGAAGGUCCUUCCCACAGCAAAUGGAAAGAGUUGUUCAAUACCGCAAAGGAGAGUAAGGAUACAUGGAGCGAUGAGGAGUCCAAUUUCGGCUCCAGAAAGAAUAACGAAUUGGCCAAUGAAAGCACCAUUUCAAAUUCAGGCCACAGGAAGAGGAAGUGGAGUGAGUGUGAGACAAUGAAGUUGAAAGAAGGGGUCAAAAAAUUUGGGGAGGGCAACUGGACAAAGAUCAAGUCAUAUUACUCCUUCAACGACCGAACAAACGUCAAUCUUAAGGACCGAUGGAGAACAAUGAAGAAGUUAAACAUAAUUUGAGUAGUUCAGGAUAAGUUCAAGUGGCCAGAUGGACAACAUUAUUCUCGGUACCUAAAAGAGAAUGUAUUAUUCUUACAGGUGCGAGUUGUUCAUUUCAGUUCAUGCUUCAAGGUAUUGUACAUUUAAGUUCAUGACACCUAGUUCAAUAAGUUGUCAGGUGCUUAAUUUGUAACACGAGUAGUCUUUAUUAAAAAUAAAAAAACUUUUGUGCAUUUUCACUGCAGCUUUA